UGUUUGGGGACAGUAGGAAGAUGGCGGCGGCCCCGCUGUACUGUGUCUGCCGGCAGCCCUACGAUGUGAGCCGGUUUAUGAUCGAGUGCGACAUCUGCAAAGACUGGUUCCACGGCAGCUGCGUGCAGGUAGAAGAGCAUCAUGCCGUGGACAUCGAUGUUUACCACUGUCCCAACUGUGAUGUCGUACACGGACCCUCCCUGAUGAAACGGCGAAACAACUGGCACAGGCACGAUUACACGGAGGCCGACAAUGGAUCGAAGCCGGUUCAAGCUGGCACCCCAGUGUUCGUCAAGGACCUGCAGAACAGAACCUUUGCCAGCGGUGAUGAGAUUCUGAUGCGGAUGAAAGGCGAGCAGGUGACGGCCCAGUACCUGGAGCGACACGGCUUCAACUACCCCAUCGAGGUCACCGAGAUGGAGGGUCUGGGACUCAAACUCCCGGCCCCUGCUUUCUCUGUCAAAGACGUGGAGCAGUAUGUGGGCACUGACAAAAUCAUCGAUGUGAUAGAUGUGGCUCGGCAAGCGGACAGCAAGAUGAAGCUCAGCGAGUUCAUCAAGUAUUUCACCACGUCCCAACGACUCAAGGUGCUCAACCUCAUCAGCCUGGAGUUCUCUGACACAAAGAUGUCUGAGUUGGUGGAGGUUCCCGACGUGGCUCAGAAAAUGUCCUGGGUGGAGAACUACUGGCCGGACGACUCCUUUUUCCCGAAGCCCUUUGUCCAGAAGUAUUGCCUUAUGGGGGUCAAGGACAGCUACACAGAUUUCCACAUAGACUUCGGAGGCACCUCCGUCUGGUACCAUGUUCUCUGGGGUGAAAAGAUCUUCUACUUGAUCAAGCCCACUCCUGCCAACCUUGCACUAUAUGAGGCAUGGAGCUCCUCGCCCAAUCAGAGUGAAGUGUUCUUUGGGGACAAAGUGGAGAAGUGCUACAAGUGCGUCGUCUCCCAAGGAACCACCCUGCUCAUCCCUACAGGCUGGAUCCAUGCUGUUCUCACCUCUCAGGAUUGCAUGGCGUUUGGAGGGAACUUCCUUCAUAACCUCAAUAUUGGCAUGCAGCUCAGGUGUUAUGAAAUGGAGCGUCGUCUGAAAACACCAGACCUCUUCAAGUUUCCGUACUUUGAGGCCAUCUGUUGGUACGUGGCCAAGAACCUGCUGGAAAUGCUCAAAGAGCUCCGUGAGGACAACUGUCCACCCUCAACCUACCUGGUGGAGGGAGUCAAGGCUUUGAUCAGUGCACUGAAGACCUGGUUGAAAAGAGAGGAGACUCAACCCACCAGUGAGGUACCUGAUCAUAUCAGGCCCAACCAUCUCAUUAAAGAGCUGACCAAGGAAAUCCGCUUCUUGGAGGAGGAACCAGUCAGUGUAAGCAAGCCAGUGAAAUCUCAGGGAAGCGGUUGCGCUCCAGCAUCUGGAUCGAACGCCUGCCCGGCCACUCGGUCCACGCUGGAGAAGGUGAGCCAUGCGCGGCGGGCACGGCGAGCUGCCAGGCGGCUGAGGGAGCAGCAGCGGCAGGCGCCCAAAGUGCCCUCCAACCUGGACAUCUUAGAGCAGCACACCAGGGAGGUGCUGAGGAGGCUGGAGGUGGGGCCGCUCGAUGAGGAUCCAGCGUUCUGUGCCAAGGUUCAUGGGAAGUUCAACAAAGUGUCGACGGCAUCGGCCAUCGCUGCGGCUGCGGAGUCUUUAGAGGACAACCACCUCCGGCUGAUGCUGGUCAACGGCAGAAUCAUCAGCAGAGAUAUGAGGCGACCCGGCAGCAGCCCGGUGAAGACGGAGGGUGAACGGUCACCUGUUGGCCAGUGUCCACCAAAGAGUUGUGUGGAUGUGAAGUCGGAGUGGACGCAGGAGGAGCACAGCUCGGUCGAAAGGCCCUCGCUCCUCGCGGGUCUGGAGCGGGUGAAGACUGAACUCAGGGAAGAAGUCUCAGGAGACUCGAGUGUUUCAGAUGUGGAGUCAGACAGUGACUCUCCCACAGAGCAGCGUAAAGCAUCAUCAUCGUCGUCUUCAUCGUCCUCGUCGUCCUCGUCUGAUGAAGAUUCAGAGAGCUCCCCGGAGGAGGGAGAGGAGGAGUCGGGCUCAUCUCAGCAGAAAGGCUCAGGGCACGUCAUAGAUCUGGACCCGUCAGGCCACAAACUCAGGCACAAUCACAAACCACUCAAACGAGACCGUCCUACCUCACCCAGCACAGAAGAGGCCAUUCAGGGGAUGCUGUCCAUGGCCGGCCUGCUGUGCUCCCCCAAGCCGGAGAAGGGGGCCUCUUCCCAGGAGCCCUGGUGGUCCAGCCCGAGCCAGUGCUCGCGGAUGGAGCCGAGGGAGCCGGGGCAGCACCAGCGCCUCCUGCAGGGGGACAAGAGCCCGAUGGACAGCCAGGGCAACAGCAGCAGCGAGGCCUGGGACAAUCAGGGGCUCCCCAGCCCCAUCAGUCAGAGCCACGCCCCCAGUCCGGAGACGGACUUCCAGUACUGUGACCCCUCCAUGUCUCCUCCGCUGCACCCUUCCAAGAGACACGCCCCCAACCCCCCACCAAUCAGCAAUCAGGCCACGAAAGGCAAGCGGCCCAAAAAAGGAAUGGCCACAGCCAAGCAGAGACUGGGAAAGAUCCUGAAACUCAGCAGGAGUCGUGUGUUUGUGUAACACUUCAGAAACAAUGAAAGAAGAAGCUGGGGGAUUGUCUUCUCCUUGGAGAAACAAAAAAGAACCAUGUGUGUAUUUGUUACUGGACACUUUUGUGCUGUAGAGAACAUGAGGGGGAAGGGGGGGGGGGGGGGGGGGGGGCUCGGCGCCUGGAGUUCACCACGACUCAGCGUAAAAAUUAGACUAAAAAAAACGAACUCACUGUGCAUGCUUAGGAGACAGGGUAUUGGAUCUGAAACAAGCGAGUGCACGGCGUCACUACAAGCACACUAAGAACAAAACAGAACCGAGGAGCGAGCAUGUUGUGACGCUUUCUGCUGCAGGGAAAAAACAAAACAAGAACCCGGCGGACUGAAGCUCCCGGGGGCAUUAAGGACUAAAGUCGACCACACGAAGCGACUAAGAGACAUUCGCUGACACAUCUACUGCUUCCGAUGCCAAGAUCCCACCCUGCGUCACGUUUGCUAGAUCACACCCCCUCUCCGGAGGACCCCACCCCACCCCCGCCUUCCCCAAGAAGCCGUCAAUUGGUCUGUCUGGGAACAGGACGAUGGAACAGCAGAGCUUCUUAGUGUGUUUUUGCUCUGCGGGGAAAACGAGGUGCAUAAAGAAGAGGAGGAGGUGAACUGAAAUUUCUAAAUGGUGCUUAUUUGUUUGUACUUUUCUCCACUCAUGCUCGUCCCUUCCUGCCCUCCAACACCUCCCCCUGACCCCUCCCCCUUCCCCGUCUCCACUUUUUAUCUCAAUCACACCAGCAAUAAUGACGUAGAGGAGGAAGGUGAGAGUGAGAGGCAGCAUGUCGGCUGCGCACUUCCCUGUUUGUAUAAAAGAAAAAGGAAAUGGGUGCAUCACGAACCUUCUCUCAGACCUGCACUGUCUCUGCUGAGUCAUCAGAAGGGAGUCUGGUCUUUCUGGGUAAUUAUUAAGGGAAGUCGCUCCGAGUGCUGCCUCCUAGUGAAAUAGUUUUGAAUAGGAAUUACGAGUCGCUCGACAGAGAAGCGACUCGCAUGUUAUCCUGCUUAAUUUAUUUCUCGUUUUAUCUGUGAUGUUUUUUUUAAACGUGUUAUUUUUAUGGAAUUCUGAAUGAUGUAUUUAUUAAUUGAAAGAGAUGAUUUUAUUUUAUUUCGACCCUGAAACUUCGGCUCAUUCCGAGGUUUCUUUUUUUUCGUAACUUUUAUUGUUUUCUCUCCUUUUCUUUUUUAUCUUUAACACACUUUUUUUGUAAAUGUGGAUGUUUUUAGAGUUCAUGUGAUCAUCUGCCGAGUAGCAGUUUACAUACAGAAUCUUUUUUAUCACCUUUCUAUCAUCACAACCUUUUCUUUUCUUCUUCCCCCCCACUGCCCGGUCGAGAAGAUCCUGUGUUGAUUCUCGUCUCUUCUGGUUCGGGGCCGACAUGCGAAUAUAGACAAGUUUUUUGGUUGAGAACAUCGACACCUGAGCUUUUUUCCAACUAGUGCCACUUAUCAUUUAGCAAAAAAAAAAAAAACAGGAGUAUUCUGAGCCACUGUGGUCGAUCCAAAGUAGUUGAUGUAUUCAGAAGUGAAACUUUGAGGAACUUCAACGGGAUGCAUGAGGUUUUUUAUUUUGAAGUAAUACCAGUGCUGAUGUGAUGUGUGAUUUGCUUGAGGUUCUUCACUCUCAGGGAUUGAUGCCAUGGACAUAACUUUCGAUUAGCCACCAGCCACGUCACGGAAGAAACAGGAUGUUCUCGACUCUUCCAGCUUCUCCUUCUGCUCAGGAGCGGCUGAGCUUUAAUUGUUUUAAUGAAGAGGAUUUCAUGGUUGUGGUUUUUCUAGUUGUGAGGAUGAGCCGUCAGUCAUUACUUCUGUUCUGUCCCCUCGCUCUGUGUUUGUGAUACGUUGACUCUAAAUGACACCGAACUGUUGCCAAGUAGCUUUACCUCGUUUAACAGCGUGAGACUUUUGAAAGCUUUGCUCAGGUUGAACUUGUCGUGCAUGUGAACCCGCGAGUGACUCAUCACUCAGCUCUGAUGGUGUUUCACACAAUCCCCAAAACAAAAUGAUUUCCUCUGCUGUUUUCUGACACUACACUUGAACCUUUCUACAGAACCGGACAUGGAAUCAUAACAUAUACAGUCCUGUGUUUUCCAGUGAUAAUUAACUUCAUAACUCGAGGUAAAAAAUGAACUAUCACCUCUGAGUAACUUAGUUAUCACAGGAAGAGGGAGGUCAUAAGAUGUAUGAAAACUUUGAAAAUUUCUGUUCCUGAACUCUUUGCAUAUUAAGUAAUUUUUAGAAACACAAGCUGGCCCGCAGGCAGGGUUUCUUCUCAGCUGUAGUUUUCAUCGCACAGGAUCUGUCUUCUUUUAGCUUUUAUAUGCAGCUCUCUCUUUCUCUCUUGGCAUUUGUGUUGGUGCGUUGGUUUUUUCCAGAUUUGAAUGGCUUAUGAUUUAAAAUAUACAAACACUGGCUAACUGUGACACUGUUAAUGCAUUUUUUUCCCCUGCAUUUCAAAAAUUGCGUGUAAAUAAAAAUAAUGAAAUUACA